CAGAGCAGCUGUGGCGGAGGCUGCAGUAGUAUUACUUGGAGUGUCGACCAGACUCAGACUCAGAGCGUGUAAUUACCGUUUUUCGUGCUGGGAGGCAAGAGUGACAUUGUUCUGGAGACAUUUGGUAAUCUUUGACCUUGGUGAGCCGUCUGGUGAGCCGCAGCGUACGUUCAGUGGCUCCCCAGCCUCUGUUAUAUAGUGUUGUGACCUGUUAUUGAUGAAGAAACUCUUACGCCUUUUGUCUGUGAACGACCGCGCCCCAAGGCGUGCUCGCCAUACCCAGGCCCUGCCAUCCCCUCGCGCCUGUGGAGGUGCUGAAGAAGGCAUCUCUGUCAGUGGUUGCAGCGCUGCGUGUGGCCGGUCUUCCCCGUGUCCCAGCUUAGGUGCCCGUUGGAUCUGUACUCGUCUGUACAUCCUUGCCCAGAGGCUUGUGGAGUCACAGAAGUAAACAUCGUAACGAGACUAAGACAUCGCGAUCCCUCGCAACUGCAAGGAUGGCAUCUUUAACUGACCAACUCAUGGCAGAGGUGCAGCCAGCGCUGACCACCUCUGGUGGGAAGGUAACCGUGGUGGGUGUGGGUCAAGUGGGCAUGGCUUGUGCCUUCUCUCUGCUGACACAACACAUUUGCUCUGAGCUGGCGCUGGUGGAUGUGAUGCCUGACAAGCUGCGUGGUGAGAUGAUGGACCUGCAGCACGGCCUGACAUUCCUCAGGAAUGUGAAGAUUGAGGCCAGCACUGACUAUGCUUGCUCUGCUGGCUCCCGCCUAUGCAUCGUGACGGCUGGUGCUCGCCAGAGGGAGGGGGAGUCCCGCCUCUCUCUGGUGCAGCGUAAUGUUGACAUCUUCAAGGGCAUCAUUCCCAACCUUGUGAAGCAUUCCCCUAACUGCAUUCUUCUGGUUGUUUCCAAUCCUGUGGAUAUCAUGACAUAUGUGACAUGGAAACUUUCUGGUCUGCCCAAGAACCGUGUGAUCGGAUCUGGCACCAACCUGGACUCUUCCAGGUUCCGCUUCCACCUUUCACAGAAGCUUAAUGUUGCUCCAUCCUCCUGCCACGGAUGGAUUAUUGGUGAACACGGAGACUCCUCAGUGCCAGUAUGGUCAGGUGUGAACAUUGCUGGUGUGCGCCUGAGGGACCUGAACCCCCUGGUGGGCACUGCUGAGGACCCAGAGAAGUACAAUGAAAUGCACAAGGAAGUGGUCAACAGUGCGUAUGAGAUCAUCAAACUGAAGGGCUACACCUCCUGGGCCAUUGGUCUCUCUGUGGCUUCCCUUGUCUCCUCCAUAAUGAAGAACACUCGCUCCUGUUAUGCAGUCUCAGUUGCUGUGCAGGGCUAUCACACUAUUGAUAAGGAUGUGUUCCUGAGUCUGCCAGUUGUCCUGGGUGAAAAUGGCGUCACACACAUCAUCAAGCAGACUCUCACAGAGGCUGAGAUCAAGCAGUUGAAGAGUUCAGCUGACACACUGUGGGAUGUGCAGGCUGGCAUCAAGUUCUAAGGCUUGUUCUCUUUUAAAGGAGAGCCAAAGCUGAGCAAGGUUGUCGAGAUGAUGAAGGGCAUGACAUUCAUGUGGACAUACUUUUGUGUAAUCUUUCAGCAUCUACUUGUCUUUGUAGGGUAAUGAUUUCUUUCAUAUAUAUAUAUAGCCUAAAUGUAAAAAAAAGUAAAAGUCUUAAAUGAUAUUAGUAAAUGUUUUCUCAGCAAAUUUUAUUUUUGCAGCACUUUGCUUUUAUGAUUGGUGAGAACCUAUCUUUGAUAUGAUUGCAACAAUAUGGAAAACCAGUGGUUUUAAUUCUGUUAUAAGAUUUGGAAAAUAUUUAGCAAAUAUUUUAAUUCUAUUCAGAAGUUAAAAAAUAUUUUAGCACAUCUCAGCAAACUGUGUUUUAAUGAGUGAAUGACUGCUAAUUAUUAUUGCUGAUGAGUCGAGUGAAUGACUGCUAAUUAUUAUUGCUGAUGAGUCUUGUCAGAUUGACUGCUAAUUAUUAUUGCUGGUGAGUCUUGUCAGAUGAUUCAUGUUUAAGGUAUGAAUGAAUGCAGACUAUUCCUGACGAUGUGCUUCACCAUCCAAUCUGAAUGUUAUCAGUAGUAUUAAAAAAAAAUGUUAUAUAUUCAGCUUACCUGUUGACACCUAAAUUUUAUUUUUUGACUUACAAGUUAUUGGUAUCAGAAUUAUAUUUUUUAGAUGUGCAAGUGGCAAGCAGGUUUUUGUAUCUUAAAAAGGACUUUAGCCUAAAGAUAUUUCAAUACUAGUUUAUUCAAAAGUAAUGGAGAUCAAAGUAUAUAUAAUGCAUUAAAAUCAUUGUGUAGCAAAAAAUGUUCCUGAACUGGAGAACAUCAUCAUUGUUGGAAGAAGCUGAAAUGUGUAGCUGUACUGGAAGCUUAUACCAAAUGGAUGCUGCUUGCAUGCUUUUUUUUUUCAUCAACAGUGAGAAGUAUAUGACCCUAUGUUGUUACACUUGUAGGAUGUGAAGGAAAUAUACUCUAAGGUUCCUAAA